AUGACAACAAAUGAAGAUACAACCAAGUCACAACAUAGUGAUGAAAGAACAGUUCAAUCAUCUAUAGAGCACGAAGAACACUAUCCACCUGUAUUAGAAUAUGCACCCUUUCCCGCCUUGGGAUCCCUCGAAGAAAUUACACAAACAUUAUCCAGAACAAAGACAGACCAUAGCACUAAAGCAACUGAUAGUAAAGAAGAGCCAUCAGAACCCGAAUUUAAACAAGAGGCAUAUCAUACUGAAGGCCUACGGAAUCCUGGAUGGCUCUCGGUCAUUUCCUGUUUUCUUGUAAAUUUUUUUGUAUUCGGAACCGUCUUUUCCUGGGGAAAUUAUCAAAAGAUGUCUAGAUAUGUAAAUGAAAUCUAUGCUGAUAAGACAGAUCUAUUUCGAAUUGCCUUUGUUGGCACAUCUGCAAAUUCGAUGCUAUUAGGCUUGGGAGUCUUUAUGACGCCUGUUAUUCAAAAACUCGGAUUUCGAGGAACGAUGGUGAUCGGCACAAUUCUUACGCCGCUUGGAUUAAUUUUGGCAAGUUUUGCUACCGAGCUUUGGCAUGUCUAUCUGUCUCAGGGUAUCUUGUAUGGAUUUGGUUCGGCCUUUGUCUUUUCACCUUCAGUUACCUUGCCUUCGCAAUGGUUUACUAGACGAAGAGCAUUAGCAACUGGACUUGCAGUCAGCGGAUCAGGCAUUGGUGGUGUCUGUUUGUCGCCCAUGACACAAAACUUGAUUGCAAAUAUCGGAUAUCGCAAUUCAUUACGAGUACAGGGCGCCUUUGGUUUCGGUCUACUCUGUAUUUCAACUGCCUUAGCCAAUUCACGUUACAGACCGCCUCCUAUGAAGGGGGGGAAAAAUAAAUGGUAUCAUGUGUUUGACUUGAGUCUCAUGAAUACAAGGUACAUUCUGCUUCUUGCCUUCAGUUUCUUUGUACCUUUUGGUUAUGUCACACCCUUUUUCUUGGCUCCUCAAUUUACCCAGCAUCUUGGUUUAGACGCAUCUGCGGGUGCGGCCAUGAUCUCCGUUAUGUCGGCGACAAAUGCUAUCUGCCGUAUUGCGUUAGGCUAUCUUGCAGAUCGCGUUGGAAGAUUUAAUACCAUGUUUACAUUUACUUUUUUGGCAGCACUAUUUACCAUGAUUCUCUGGCAAUUCUCCACUACUUAUGCCUCCUUUAUUGCCUUCUGUGUUCUUUACGGUUUGACGGCAGGCGGCUUUGUUUCCUUAUUACCUGUGACCACAGCAGAUAUCGUUGGAGUGGAGAACAUUCAGCGUGGGCUUGGUAUGGCUUAUAUGACAACCGUAUUUGGUAACCUAGUAGGAACACCAGUGAUAGGAAAGCUAUUGAAUGCUUACAACUGGACAGCUGCUAUUCAAUUUGGAGGUUCUGUGACGAUGGUAUCUGCCAUCAUUAUGUUUAUUUUACGUAUGAUCAUGGCUAAUGGGAAGCUUUUUGUGAAAAUUUAA